AUGCGUGCAAGCACGAAGCCACGAUCACGAGGUCAUGUUCGCUUCAACACCGUGGAUGUCGUCCCUCCGCAGCUCGAUGGUGAAGACAUUGGUGCCUUGCAGAAGUCUUCAACGCCGCAGCUACGCCAUCUUAGCAAGAUGGCUGCCUCACACGAGUCCACCGAGGAUCUCAGCGUGCAUUCUCCAGACGAGCAGGUAGCAGGACUGAUGGGUAGAAGGAAACUCCAAAGAUCAGGAUCUGUCAGGCCUACCGCUCAGAAGCAGUCGAAUUUUGCUUCGCAAUAUUCAAGCACGAAAUGGAUGGACACCCAACGGAAACAUCUACAAGCGUAUGAAUAUCUUUGUCACAUUGGAGAAGCCCGAGCAUGGAUAGAAGAUGUUCUGAAACCUGAAAAGCUGCCCCCAAUCGUCCAACUUGAAGAGCACCUACGCGAUGGUGUUACCUUGGCAGAGGUAGUUGUUCGUCUUGCUCCUAAACUUCCGGUUGAACAGCAGAAGGCCUUGGGCAAUAAACGCAUAUGGCGCGGAUCGCCACUCACCUACCGGCAUACCGACAACACGGCACUGUUCUUCCGGCUGCUGGCAGAGAUUGAGCUUCCCGAAUUGUUCAGAUUUGAGCUCAUCGAUCUAUACGAGAAGAAGAAUAUCCCGAAAGUCAUCUACUGCAUUCACGCCGUAUCAUGGCUUCUCUUUCGAAAAGGCAUCACGGACUUUCGCAUCGGCAACCUGGUGGGUCAGCUGCAAUUCGAGGAGCACGAGCUUGAGGAGACUCAGAAAGGCAUCGAUCGAAGUGGUGUUCAGAUGCCCAACUUUGGCGGCAUGCGUGAAGCCAUGCAGGUCGAAGAAGACCUCCGCCGCCAGAACCAACCCCUGAGGAGCGGCUGGCAGGACAAGAAGAAUCCUCAUCGAUCUGCAGACUCAAAUACGCGGUGCUCUCCAUCGAACACGCUGCGUGUGUUUGUGCAAAGUCUGUGGCGUGGGCGCAAGGAGCGCGCGCAAACCAAGAUAAUCAAGACCGAACUCCGCGCGACAAGACACGGUGUGAAGGACUUCCAAGCGGCGAUCAGAGGCGCUCUUGGCAGAUGGCGAGCUGGAGAUCUCUGGCACGAAACCAGAGACGAAAAGACUGAAGGUGCGGUGUCCGAGUUCCAGGCGGCUGCUCGCGGUGCUCUUGAACGUAUGAGAGUCGGAGGUAUUAUGAACCAGCUUUGGGAUGCCGAAGAUGCCAUUGCCCAGCUGCAAGGCCUUGCUCGUGGUGCCCAAGCGCGAAGGCAGAAGGCCACUCAGCAUGCCGCAGCAAAAGCACAGGCGGUCGAGCUGGUCUCUCUACAAGCCGCUGCAAGAGCAAUGAUCCAGAGGCGGCAGCAAGCGAACGAGCAUGGCGAGAGGAAGUUCGAAGAGCCAAGCAUUGUUCAAGCGCAGUCCGCUGCAAGAGGCCUCAUCGAACGAUUGCGCCAAGCUAGGACCAAAGGCGCACUCCAAGGUCGCGCGGCUGGCAUCGUCAAGUUCCAGUCACUUCUACGAGCCCAGGCAGCGAGAUCGAUGCACAUGGACGUCAAGGAGGAGUUGCAAACACAAGAUGACAACGUCAAGAGCUUCCAAGCACUAGUUCGAGGUCGAGCUGCGAGAUCUACAUACCAAGACAUUGAGGAGGGCCUGCAAGCGCAAUCAGAAGGCAUCAAAACUCUACAGUCGUGCGCGAGAGCAAUGCUUCAGCGCAGGAGCAUAGGCGAGAAACUUGCUGCGCUCGAAGAACAAGAGCCACAGCUCACCAGUGUGCAAGCGAUGGCACGCGCGUACGUGGAAAGGCAGCGAAUAUUCGACCAGCUCGUUGAUAUGGAGAAAGAAGAGGCCAGCAUCACCGAUCUUCAAUCGCUUGCACGGGCAAUGCUUGAGCGCGCACGAAUCGGCGAACUUCUUGCCGAAAUUGAAGAGCACGAGGCCGCAGUAGAGGAGCUGCAAUGUGCUAUGCGCGGCUUCAGUGUUCGAAAGAGGUUCGCCGACAAGCGCAAGCACUACCGCGAAAAUAUGCAAAAGGUCAUCAAGCUACAGUCGUUCGUAAGGGCCAAGCAGCAAGGUGAGAGUUAUAAGAGCUUGGUCAACGGCAAGAAUCCGCCUCUGCCUGUCGUGAGAAGGCAUCUCCACCUGCUAACAGACUCCAAUCUUGACUACGAGGGCGAGCAUGAGUCCGAGCGUCUCCGAAGACAAGUCGUGGAGAGCGUUCGUCGAAAUGAGCUUGUUGAAAGCUACGUCGAAGGCCUCGAUGUCAAGAUCGCGUUGCUGGUCAAGAACAAGAUCACACUGGAUGAGGUCGUAAAGCAUCAGAAGCACUUCGGCGGCUCCGCGUCCCAAUUGCUGCGCUCUGGUACCAGUUUGGCCCAUCCGUCUGGUCUCGAUCUCAAGGCAUUGAACAAGAACUCCCGGAAGAAGCUGUCAAGCUAUGAAGAGCUCUUUUUCUUGCUUCAGACUCAGCCACACUACCUUGCACGGGCGUUUGGUGUCCUCACGAGCCGUGGUCUGCCGGAGAAAGACAGCAAGAAUUACGAGCGACUCAUGCUCACGCUUUUUGGAUACGCCCAGAAGAGCAGAGAAGAAUACUUCUUCAUGAAGAUUCUAGCAGCAAGCACGCAGCUGACCAUCUCCUACUGCCCUAGCAUUGAGGACUUCAUGCGACAGCAGAACGGCACCUUCCAGCAGCGCCUCAUCCUCAAUUAUGUCCGGAAUCCUCGCGAACGAGCAUGGCUCAAGACAUUACUCGGAAGCAUGGUUCGAAAUGGCAUUUGUGCGCAAGAUCAUCUGGACCUGGAAAGCGACCCGCUGCAGAUCUACCGUGCUAUCCUCAAUAACGAAGAGCUCUCCACGGGACAACCAUCGCAGCGACCACGAGAUCUGCCUAGAGAAAUCGUCAUCAGGCAAGAGGAUGUUCGACCUCGAUACGUGCAGCACUUGGAAGACUUACGCGACCUUGGCGAUGGCUUCUUCCUCAGCUUCGAAGAAUCAAUGCAGCGCAUGCCAUACGGACUCCGUUACCUUGCCACCGAACAGCAUCGAGCUCUGUGUGCACAAUUCCCGCGAGAAGAUCCUGGUCACCUCGCUAUGCUAGUCGGAACGUGGCUCUGGAAGUCUUACAUCCUACCCGCAAUGCGAGAGCCGGAGAUGUGGGGAGUAGUGGAUCGUGGUCUCAGCCCUGUUCACAAACGUAACUUGGCACAGGUCAUCCUGGUGGUGGGACAAAUCUGUAGCGCAGGACGCCUCUUCGCCGCCGAGAACCUUUACCUGCAGCCGCUCAACAACUGGGUUACAGAGUCUUUGGACAGAUGGCAGGACUGCUUACAGCACCUCUUCGACCUGCCCUCGCCUGAGGAGCACUAUGACGCCGAUCAGUUCAGCGACUUGUACGCCACGACAAAGCCAACGCUUUACAUCAAGCUGGUCGAUAUCUUUGCUCUUCACAGCCUCAUUGCGGACAACAUUUCAGCCAUUGCUCAAAGCAGAGAUGACCCUAUCAAGGCACUGUUAUCCGAUCUCGGCACGGCCAAGAGCAAUGAGAGUGAUCUUGGCAGUGCGACCAAUGGCAACGAGAUUACGCUGACGCUCAAGUCCAGAUUCACAGUCGAGGAGGACCCGAAUGCGGAAGCUAGACAACUCUUCACGGCCACCAAAAGAUUGGUGUUGUACAUCAUCCGUGUACAGUCAGGCACGAACCUCAUGGAGAUCUUGCUGCGUCCGAUUACACACGAGGACGCCGAUCGAUGGAUAUCACUGGUACAGGAAGAGCUCGCGGAGAAAGAAUUAUCACACAGCCGAGGAGGACAUCGCAGGACGACAUCAGCUUUUGAUGGCAUGACCUACGCCGAGUUGAAAUCAACAGCUCUCGAGAACAUCCUCAAACUGGAGUCACCACACGUUGCACCUCAAUUCCGCGUGAGCCGACACAACAACUACCAAGAGAUCCUCAACGCCCUGGCAGGCGACAUCAGACAAAAGCACCGCAGACGUCUCGAACGGCAACGCGAAGUGGAAUCUACGCGCGCCACCCUCUCCCAGCUCGACAGCAAAGCGCAAUUCCUCGAAGACCAGCUCCAAUCCUAUAAUGACUACAUCGAACAAUGCCUCCACACGCUCGCCAACAAGAAGACGGGAAAGCACAAAUUCGUCAUGCCCUUCACCAAACAAUGGUCUCAUGAACGAGAACUCGAACGUGCAGGCCGGCAACCCAAAUUCGGAUCGUACAAGUACUCGGCACGACAACUCGCCGACAAAGGGGUCCUAUUGUCAUGGAAGGGCUACUCUCCCGAACAUUGGGGCAACUUGAACGUCGUCAUCAGUUCCGAUGAAGUCGGUGUCUUCCAUCUCGAGGCCAGCUCCGGGAGCAUGAUGCUUCCCGGCGCCAGCGCGAAUCUACUUCUUGACGAUUUACUGCAAGCGCAAUACGAUAAUAAGGCUUCGAUCAGUGUGUUCGAGGAGAGUAACGGUGCGGCGAAGGUUGCCGUGAAUUUGUUGCUGCAUUUGGUUUUUAAGAAGUUUUAUCGCGAUGAGUAG